AUGGAAACUAGUGGCGUUGUGUUCAAUCAGUUCCCUCGCGGUGGUUUCCAGCUCCAAGCCCUGGCUGAGAGAGUCAGUCGGGAUCAGGAACACUUGCCCGUACUGCCGCCGCUUUACAAUGUUGUACGAGACACCGCUAGUUGUUCCCGGAGUACAUACUCUCCGCUGCAGGCGCUUAGUGAGAGCACAUGCCGAGACCACGCCGCGCCCGCGCCGCCCCCACCACCGCCACGUGUACAGGAGUCGCACUCGCAGGUGCCCAAUCAAAGCGUGACCCUCCAUCCAGCUGUAGCUCGAUGCAGCGCUUCCUUAGAGCUGUCAGCGUUAUGGCGCAGCUUUCACGAGCUGGGAACUGAGAUGAUAGUAACGAAGGCCGGGAGAAGAAUGUUCCCGGCGCUUCAAGCGAGGCUCUCCGGACUACUGCCGAACGCUGACUAUCUACUGCUCGUGGACUUUGUACCGCUCGAUGAUAAGAGAUACAGAUACGCCUUCCAUAGUUCGAGCUGGGUAGUAGCUGGUAAGGCGGACCCAGUGUCUCCACCUCGAAUCCACGUACAUCCUGACUCACCAGCGGCGGGCGCUCAUUGGAUGAGGCAGCUAGUCUCCUUCGAUAAACUCAAGUUGACGAACAAUCAGUUGGAUGACAAUGGACACAUAAUCCUGAACUCGAUGCAUCGCUACCAGCCUCGUCUGCACGUGGUCUUCCUGCCCGGAGACGGCCAGAGCGCGCCGGGGACCGUCCCCUACAGGACCUUCAUCUUCCCGGAGACAGGGUUCACUGCUGUCACCGCCUAUCAGAACCAUCGCAUAACACAAUUGAAGAUAGCCAGCAACCCGUUCGCUAAAGGCUUCAGAGACUGUGAUCCCGACGAUUGUCCACCAGAGCCGGGCGGACAGCGGGCCCCCCGGAGGCGCGAGGAGGGUCCGCUGGCGCAGCCCUACGCCGCCGAGCCGAGCGCGGGGGGACCUCUGUACGCGCCACACGCGCACACUGUCAGGUAUGAUACAUACAUAUAA